GGAAAAAACUCACCUUCCUCAUGAGCUAAUCAAAUAUAUCUUCCAUGCUUGAUUGUUGGGCUCGAAUAGACUAAAAGAUGUCAAUCUUUAGCCUAUAUAAAGCCCCCAAUUCAUCAAACAAGAUCAUCAUUCCAUUAAUUCUUGGAGAUUAAAAUUCAGUUUUUAUAUUUCCUUUUUGCAUUUUCUUGAAGUGUUGGAGAAGAAGCCAUUUCUUUCCUCUACAAUUGGUUCUAGCACAUAAAUAGAACCACACCAGGAAGACGACACUUGGGGAGGGAUGGCGCCGCAGCCGGAAAUUCGAGCAUCCACAACGGCGCAGAAGAAUGAUGCUAAGGAUGCCCCACCUUCUGACGUUUCUUCGUCCAACCAUCCAAUCGUUGGUGACUCUAUUAGAUUCGGCUCUUUCACAGUCAGUAUCACAGGGUGGCAAGAGCAGAUCUCGGAUAUACGCAUCAGGCCGGAUUUGUUCCCCAAGCAACGACGAGACCCCCACGUUGGAGAUGCUCAGAGUUUACACAAGCAGAAUAAGGCGGCGGACAGUGACCAGCUCCGGGCAGUAACGUGGUUCCGACUGCACCUCUAGGCGCUCAUCUCACUACCGGCCAACUUGACAACUAAUGGGCAUAUAAUUAACAAGCUGGAUUCAAUUGCCAGGCAAUCACCAGACCGAUGGCGGCCAAAUUCUCAUGGCUUCCACACUAAGGCAUACCGUAAUUUUCACCAUCCAAACUGGUUUUAAAUCUCCGACACAAAUCAGGACCCUUGCAGCAAGGCUCGUCUGAUGACGAAGGAAAACUGCUUGUCCACACAAAAUCUCAACACUCAAAUGAAGAUAUACAGGAAAAAGUACCAACGAUCGCGUCACAUGAGGACAAGAUCUCAAUCACAUCUUUAUUCUGGAUGACCUGAGGGAACUCAUUGCUUUUCCUAGGGUGGAUUUUAUUUAUCUUUUGGGUUGGGCACUUAUCUCUUUCUUGUUUUUUUUUUGCUUAGUUGGGCACUUAUCUAUUUUUUGUUUUCAUGUUUUCUAUGUAAUUUCCUUCCCCU